GGUCUUGCCGGUCUCACCAACCUGGGCAACACGUGCUUUAUGAGCUCCAGUCUGCAGUGCCUAGCACACGCGGUGCCACUCAUGCGGGCUUUUCUGGGGGGAGGGUACCUGCAGGACCUGAACCGCAGCAACCCUCUGGGCAUGAAGGGAGAGCUGGCGGAGGCAUUUGGGGGCCUUAUGGAGCAGCUGUGGAGGGGAGGGCUGUCCGCGGUGACGCCUCGCUCCUUCAAGGCCAAGAUUGGCCGCUUCGCGCCGCAGUUCUCUGGCUACGCACAACACGACUCUCAAGAGUUUCUGGCCUUCCUGCUAGACGGACUGCACGAGGACACCAACCGCAUCAAGAACAAGCCGUACAUUGAGGAGAAGGACCUGCACGGGCGCCCCGACGAGGCGGUGGCUGCGGAGGCCUGGUCCAACUACCGGGCUAGGAACGACUCCCUGGUUGUGGACCAUUUCCAGGGUCUGUUCAAGAGCACUGUGGACUGCCCUCAAUGCGGCUUCAACUCCGUUAAAUUCGACCCCUUCAUGUACUUGUCUCUGCCGCUGCCUGAGAGCCGGCGCCGUGUGGUGGAGGUGGUUCUAGUUCACACGGACGGCUCGGAGCUGCCCUCCCGGAUGGCUCUGGAGCUGGCCAGUGGUGCCACGUUGGGGGACUUGCUGAGGGCUACCGCUAGCACUGCGGGACUGCCGGCCGAGGUCGUGACCUCCCCUGACUCGCACUUGCUGGCCGCCCGGACACUCCGCGGCACCUCCGCCACCGCCACCUACGACGAGCUGGUGUUGCUGACCGACUGCCGGGUGCGAGUGGCGGAUGCAGUCUAUGCAUGUGUGUAUGUAUGUGUGUACCUGGGCAAGACGGAGCAAAAAGGCAAGGCGGAGCUCCGCACACACAAAAAACAACCCAGAUACGCUGCGAGGCAAUUUUUUCAUCUGGGACUGCUCGAUGCUGCUAGCAGUGUCCAGUAUCGGAGCGAACGUAGCGCAUCACCCCACUAUAGUGCCACAUUGCAAGAUGAUGAAUUAUCCCGAAUGCAGGUGCUGUAUAUGCCCGAGGCCCAGCCCCCCUACGAUCCGGAUCAGGUGAUGAAAGUGACACGGACCAAUAAAACGGAUAAACAGGAGUGGGUCAUAUCGGGGGACUGCCCGCUGUCGGAGUUCCUUCUGUUCUUCAACGACCCGCCAACCGCCACCACAACCGCCACCGGCACCUGCGCAACCCCGGAGGCCGCACGUUCCGGGGGGAGGGUCUUGUACGACCCCGAGCUGCUGGACAGUCCCUCUGAGCACCCCUCUCUGCGGGAUCAGCGCCGGAGGGCGGCAGCGGGGCCGCAGCCGGUCAGCCUGGACGCGUGCAUGACCACUUUCCUACAGCCGGAAAGACUGGCGGAGAGCGAUGCAUGGUGGGCGUACUGUCCCCGCUGCAAGUCCCACGUGUGCGCCGACAAGAAGUUGGACCUCUGGAGCCUGCCGGAGGUGCUGGUGGUGCACCUGAAGAGGUUCAGCUACACACGUUACUCUCGGAACAAGCUGGACACGCCCGUGGACUUCCCGCUGCACGGCUUGGAUCUGGGGCCUUAUGUGCUGCGGCCCCAGAGCGUACCCCCCGUCUAUGACCUCUUUGCGGUGUCCAACCACUACGGCUCCAUGGGCGGCGGACACUACACCGCAUACGCCAAACUGCCCUCACCGCCGCAAGACGCGCAGACACAGGAGGCAGCGACGCAUUCGGGGGACAGGUGGUACUGCUUUGAUGACAGCCGGGUGUCCUCCGUGGACCCCGAGGGGGUGCGCUCCCCGGCGGCCUAUGUGCUGUUCUACCGCCGCCGGGCAGAGGCCUCCGCUGACCCCCGCGAGCUGGGGGACCUCCUCGAGCAGCUCAGACAGCAGCGCACAGAGCUGCAGCAACAAGCAGCGGCCGCGGCGGCGGCGGUGCGUGUCGGGGGUUCAUGUGGGGGGUGGAGAGCUGCGUGA